ACUCUUGUGUGCUAGCUCUGCGCUGCAGGUCCGCCUCUGGCUGCAGCGCACUCUCCUCCAGCCCCAAGCCGCGGCUCAGCCUGUGAUGUGCGCAGCCAUGGCACCGGCUGCGCGGGGGCUCUAGUCCUUGUGGUUCUCGUUGCUUUUUUCACCCCUUUACAUUAUUUUGUGUCGUUUGCGGAGAGUGCGGCUAUUCGAAGGCGGCGCUGAGAAACGGUGGCGGAUGCGGGAGGAGAUGCUGUGGAUGUAACGCGUCUGCAAGAUGGGGAAAGAUCAGGAAUUCCUGCAGGCGGUGAAGACGGAGGACAUAGCCACGGUGCAGAAGCUCCUGCAGAGGCCCCGACCUGGCAAGGCGAAGUUGCUGGGCUCCACGAAGAGAGUCAAUGUCAACGUCCAAGAUACUGAUGGCUUUUCUGCACUGCAUCAUGCAGCUCUCAAUGGAAAUACUGACCUCAUUUCCCUCUUGUUGGAGUCCCAGGCUACAGUGGAUAUUCGAGAUCAAAAAGGCAUGCGUCCACUACACUAUGCUGCCUGGCAAGGCAAAGUGGAGCCCAUGAAAAUGCUCCUGAAGGCAGGCUCCUCUGUCAACAGCCAGUCGGAUGAAGGGCAAAUUCCCUUACACCUGGCUGCACAGCAUGGCCACUAUGAUGUGUCAGAGAUGCUUCUUCAGCACCAGUCCAACCCCUGCAUAGUAGACAAUGCAGGCAAGACCCCGCUGGAUCUAGCAUGUGAAUUUGGCCGAGUUGGGGUUGUUCAACUGCUUUUGAGCAGUAACAUGUGUGCUGCCCUGUUGGAGCCCAGGUCUGGUGAUCCCACAGACCCCAAUGGAACCAGUCCACUGCAUCUGGCUGCAAAGAAUGGGCACAUCGACAUCAUCAGGUUACUGCUGCAGGCAGGCAUUGAUAUCAACCGGCAGACAAAGGCGGGCACAGCCCUACACGAAGCUGCACUGUGUGGCAAGACCGAUGUUGUUAGACUGCUGCUUGAUAGUGGUAUCAAUGCACAAGUCAGGAAUACUUACAGCCAGACAGCUCUGGACAUUGUCAACCAGUUCACUGCAACACAGGCCAGCAAGGAGAUCAAACAAAUGCUUAGAGAUGCAUCUGCUGCUCUGCAGGUCCGGGCAAUGAAGGAUUAUUGCAACAACUACGACUUGACAAGCCUGAACAUUAAAACUGGUGACAUUAUUACAGUGUUAGAGCAGCACCCUGAUGGGCGGUGGAAAGGCUGUAUCCAUGACAACAGGACUGGAAAUGACAGAGUUGGGUAUUUCCCAUCCAGCAUUGCUGAAGUGAUCAGCAAGAGAACAGGUUCAUGGAACCCAGUCAUUUGUAGCCACCAGUUUCAAACGAUGGCGCUGUGUGUCCCGGCCUGCGCCACCGUGGCCAACGGUGACACGCACCAUCAGUUCCAUUAUUUGCCGCCUCCUCCACCGCCACCUCCACAUUCCCAUCAGCCCCUUUUCAGUUCCUUUGGCUAUCACAGGGCACCUAGCAGUGCUGGACAGCCACGUCCUGGACCAGGUUCUAGAGGAUCUGAGUCCAGUCCACAUGGGUCCCCCACUCUGGUCACAGGCUCAGGUGGCAGCGAGGAGAUUUGGGUGCUACGGAAGCCUUUUGCAGGUGGUGACCGCAGCAGCGUUGGCAGCUCUGGGAGUGUAGCAAGUGCCCGGUCAUCUGGGAGUGGACAGAGUGCAGGGAGCAGUGCACACAUUCUGCACGCUCAGGCUGAGGGCGUAAAGCUCUUGGCAACUGUUUUGUCUCAGUCCCAGAAGGCCAAGGAGCAUCUCAGUGCAGAAUCUUCAGGGAAAUCUUUGGACCACCAUACAGGAUCUUCCAGAGCACAAAGUGCAGCUAGCUGCCCAUAUCAUGAACAGUCAUUUGGUGACCAGGCAGCACAGAGAAAGUCAGAGCUGCCAUCAGAAGGCAAGAGUGCAGAGGCUGUGUCCCAGUGGCUGAGCGAGUUUCAGCUCCAGAUCUACGCACCACACUUCAUCAACGCCGGCUAUGACAUUCCUACUAUUAGCCGCAUGACCCCUGAGGACAUGACCGCCAUCGGAGUGACUAAGCCUGGUCAUCGGAAGAAAAUCACCACUGAAGUCAACAAGCUCAGUGUCGUUGAAUGGCUUCCAGAGCACAAACCUGCCAGCUUGGCUGAGUGGCUGUCAAUGAUUGGCCUCGGCCAGUACUACCAAGUGCUGGUGCACAAUGGCUAUGAGAACAUCGACUUCAUUACGGAUAUCACCUGGGAGGACCUGCAGGAGAUUGGCAUCACAAAACUUGGUCACCAAAAGAAGCUGAUGCUAGCGGUGAAGAAGCUGGCCGAGAUCCAGAAGGCCACUGAUCACGGCCGUGAUUCCUUCAGGAAGAAGGCCCCUCAGUCACUGGAAGUGGUAGCUAUUGAGUCUCCACAACAGGAGACCGCAGAAUGUCUCUCGCCCAAGAUGACAACCUUUCAGGACAGUGAGCUGAGCAAUGAACUUCAGGCUGCCAUGACUAGAGCAGCAGACUCCCUGGAUGGUACUGAGGCAAAGCAGCCCAGCAACCAUGUGGCACUCCGCACUGCCCGCGGCUCGCACAAAAACAGCCUGAACAGCAAAGCAAAGGCAGCCAGCCUCUCUCUAGACGGGCCCAGUGAGGCUCCUAAGGGGGCCGACGAUGGAGGUUUGGCCCAGAGGAGGGAGGUGAGGCCAGUGAGACAGGCCAGUCAAGGCCAAGGCAUUCAAAGGGCAAGUGUUCCCCCGGUCCUAGGCAAGCCACGCCAGUCCUUCCAUGCCACGGGAGCUGCCUUCACUCCACCCCAGACACCUACCAAGCCUCGGCCAUCCUCUCCACAGACUAUGGGAGCUGCCCAGGUGACCGCUAAGGUGAAGCCCACUCCCCAGCUGCUUGGCCAGACAGAACGACCCAUGUCACCCAAAUCCCUCCCACAGUCCCCCACACACAGGGGCUUCGCCUACGUCAUGCCACAGCCGGUGGAGGGGCCUGAGGACUCUGUGAGCCACAGCGUAGCGCCCGCACCAGCCGUCUCGGCAGCCACAGCCCCCAUGUCAGUGCCCAUGCUCUGUUUGCCUCCUCAGGGUGACGAUUCUGAUGAGGACCAGAGUCGGCCUAAGAAGCGAGCACACAGCCUGAACCGCUAUGCCAUGUCCGACAGCGAACAGGACCGAGAUGAGCUGAUGGUUCCCGAUGCUGGACCCUAUGCCACCGUACAGAGAAGAGUGGGCCGCAGUCACUCUGUGCGUGGCCAGUCGGGGGACAAGAACGUCAAUCGCAGCCAGUCCUUUGCUCUCCGGCCCAAAAAGAAAGGCCCCCCGCCUCCGCCACCCAAGAGGUCCAGCUCUGCCAUCUCUAGCACAAACAUGGAGGAGGAUUUCACUAAGGAAGGUGGUGGCAAUGAGCUAGAGGUGGGCUACCGUGAACAGAGGCGAGCUAGUGAUUUCGGCGGGACGGUGGACACUGGCAGCGCGGGCAGUGUGAAAAGCAUCGCUGCCAUGUUGGAAAUGUCCUCCAUUGGAGGAGGGGCCAAAGCUCUGGCCAUGCAGAAGUCGCUGGGUGUCGGAGGCAGACACUUCCUACAGGUGAGCCCAGAUCAUGCCAGGGUGGCCACAGUGCUGGCCAAUGUGAAGCACAGAGAUGCCAUUGGGUUGGAUGGAGAGGUGGUGAACCGGCGGAGGACAAUCAGCGGGCCAGUGACUGGACUGAUCGCAGCAGCAAGGCGUGAUCGAGCAGACAGUGUACGGUCAGUAAAGGAGCCGGAGUCUCCCAAGGACACUUUGCAAGUAGAUGGUCAGGUGACACCUCGCAUUAGCUCUUCUGAGAACAUCCCAUUUGCUGAAGAUGGCAACCUUACCAUUAAGCAGCGGCCCAAGCAGGGGUUAACAGGGAAGCCAGGAGUAGGAGAGGUCUUUCCUGAGGAGCUGAGUGAAAUGAAGCAGGAGGACAUCUCCCGAGUGGAUGCCACGGCCACCCUGAAGAGAAGAGUGCGAUCCAAGCACCAUCCCGAGGGGGUAAAAUUCCAGCUGACGGAGUCCAGUACCGUGAAACGAAGACCUAAAACGAAGGAGAAGGAGCCAGGCUUGUCAGUGCAGGAGCUUAGUCUGUACCAGAAUGGGACUGGCAUCCUCAAGAGGAGACCAGUGUCUGACAUGAGUGGCAUGGACAUCUCUGCUGCCCACGGUGAAGACACCCUGAACUCCUUUAGAGACAGUGCCGAGUUUGUACUGGCAACUUCCGAUGGUGAGCACAGGAAACCCAUGAAACCUCCAGUCUCUCCAAAGCCAGUCCUGAGCCAGCAAGGUAUGGCCAAGAAGCCUGUGCCACCAACCCUGACUUCAAAGAAGGUGCCACCCUCUGGUGCAGGCAUUCCAGAAAUCAAGCGAAUCCCCCCUCCUGUGUCUCCAAAGCCACCGCCUCCACCAAUUGCUCCCAAGCCCCCAAAAGUGCAUCCUAUCCUUCAAUCCAUCAGUGCGGGACCCACACCGACCCCCUCACCAGCAAAGCAGUCUGGCCCCGGCAAGGCUUCCAGUACACCGCCCUCACUGUGCUCCAGUCCUGCCAAGCCCCAGGGACCCAUAGGCCAGGGUCCCUCUUCUCCACCAGUGCAGACCACGCAGCUGUCCCCACAACCACAAGGGGUUCCAGUGAAACCUCCCCGGUCGGCCAUUGCCGGGACAUCCACAGACAGUGCCAGUCCAGAUCUUGCUCAGCAGAAACUGGAAGAAACCAGUGCCUCACUGGCAGCUGCGUUGCAGGCUGUGGAGGAGAAAAUCCGACAAGAGGAUGGAAUCAAAGCAGAUUCCUAUGCUGAAUCUAAAAGCACAGUCAGUAUUUUGGAUGACAUUGGCAGCAUGUUCGAUGACCUUGCUGACCAGCUGGAUGCCAUGCUGGAAUGAAUGCAUACAAGCUCCAGUUAAGCAAACCUCAGGACUUGCGUGGGCACCAGGGCACAAUCACCCCGUCUCCACACCCCACCAAUCCGAAGACGGAUUUACCUCACGUGAGACGUGGCAGCCGCUUCUGAGAGUCCCUGAGGGGCUGGAAGGUCAAGACGCUUCUCUGCGUGUGGAACGUUGUAUAAAGAAAUAAUCGUGAACAUUGUGAGCAUGAAGACUGGAUGCUUGUUCUGAUGAGACUCUUGUGGUCAUUGUCCACUCCGGCGGGGCCUCUUCGUGUGCAUGUGUAAAGAGGAGCUAGCUGGCCGGCUCUGGUGAGGUUUACCCUGGAGAGGCUAGAGAACUUUCUGCCAGGAAGGUCCAACUCCCAGGCACACAUCCACUUGGCUUAGCUACUGUUGGCAUUUAGACAGGCCGGCUGGUGGCUAAGGGCAGAGUAAAGUCCAUGCUGAGGGCCAGGGCCAAACUCAUCAGGGUCCUUCCAUGCAGACAAACCCUUGCCACUCUAAAGCAGCCUGACCAGAGUGUCCAGCAAUUAUCUCCUCCACUUGUAGCUGAUAGUUCACAAACUAAAAGCACAAAUCCUGGUCAGGUAUUCCAGAUGCAGGACCCCCUGCACAAGUUACCAGUUUACUGCUUUCCACCUUCUUCAUUCCUGGGGGUCCUGGUCUCUCUGAUCAAAAAUUGAUGCCACUACCGAUUACACCCCCGCCACCCCCCCCACCAAAAAUCUGCAGCAACACAUUGUGUUAACAUGCAUGCACCCUGUGCAAGUGGCUGUGCCCACCAGGAUCCACAGUACCUGACAUAUCAAAUGGACCACCUAAGCAAAUCUGUAACUCCCAGGAUAAGUCAACAAGGGCUGAGAUGUGAGUGCAGCAAGAGAGGGAAACACACACACACACACGGCACAAACACAUUUUCUUUCAGACUUGUGUGCAACUGUUUGUUGCUGACCCUUUGUUUAUUGGCACUUGUAGCGCCUUUCCCUUCCCCCUUGACGUGCCUUGCUUUCACGUCCCUCUGCUGAGUGCAUGUGUGUACAGGUGGGUUGCUUGUGACCCUUGUUUAUCCCCCACCCCCAAUACUCCUUACUGCCCAGUGUGGUCUCAUAUGAGCUGCAGAGGCCCUGCUCAUCAGGCCCUUUCCUCAUCCCCGCCAAUCCCUCCAUUCUGUACUUCAUAUGUAAACUAACUGGAUGUUUUGUGGUGCCGUAAGAGAGUUUCGUCCAAGUUCUUUUUUUCUUUCUUUUUUUUGGAAAGAGAAAAACUGAAAUAAAAUACUGCAGCUAUAUGAAAUUACA